GUAAACGGAAAAGCACAUCGCUAUAAGAGGAGCGCAUCAAGCUCGCGCGCUUUAAUCUGAUCUCUGCAUGUGUGGGUGCACGCGUGUAUGACUUUGCAUUUUACCGGAAAAGGUGUCGAGUCGCAAAUAAAAAUACAUAUGCGGACAGAAAGUUUUCACAACGCUCCAGGAGAAGUUUCUGUCAGCUUUGUGAGAAAAAUGAUUCGGUGCUGUGGCUUCCUCCUGAUUCUCGCCUUUUCCCUGCGGUCUGAAGGCUGUAUGGACAUAGAGCAGCUAGAGAUCAGUGAGGGUCACGUGUUUAUCCUUAAGUGUUCCACAUGUUAUGAAGAUGAAGUGGUACUUGUGAACUGGACUCGAGAGUUGAACCAGGACUGGGAUGCAGGAAUAAAAAUUAUAGAUCAGUCACUGUGGUUCUUCCCUGUAAAGGAGUCACACAGCGGAAACUACUCAUGUUAUUACAGUUGCAGUGACAAGGACGUCCCUUGUGAAACACAUUUUUCCAUUUCUGUGUCCAAGAGCAAAUGUCCCCAAGUGACCUCAGAUGUGAUCCUAAUGAAGAACACGAAUGACCAUCUUCUUUGUGACAGUGAAGACAUGAGGACAAUUGACAAAUUAAAUUCAGUUUCCAAUAUUGGCUGGACCUGGAUGAAGGAUUGCAGUCCUCUUAGCUGGGCUAAGAAAACUGCCAAGCUUCGAUUCAGCAGAGUUUCAGAGGAUGACAAAGGAGUGUACACCUGCUUAAUGAACUUCACCUAUAAUGGAACUUCAUACACUGUGGCUCAGAGCAAGAACGUCUUCAUUCAUACUAGUCCUGUUCCACAGAAGCCAAAAGUCAUAAAACCACGACAGGAAACUCUUGUUGUGAAACUGGGUUCAAAGCAGGUGUUAAACUGCAAAGUGUUUGUUGGGCCUGGUUCCUGUGAAAUGGAUACUGAGGAAAGAACCAGCCCUUAUUGGCUGAUGAACGGCAAGUUUACUGAGGAAUACCUACAACAUUUUGUUACUCAUAAUAGCUGUACAACAGAAAACAAUGUGGAGUAUCGCCACAUUCAUCUUACCAUUCUUGAAGUUCAGCAAGAAUUCUUGAACAUCCCUUUUCAGUGUGUCGUCCUCAACUCUGUAGGCCAUGACAACGGCACAGUAAUACUUAUUCAAUCCAGUCAGAAAUGGCUGUAUUGGACUUUGGCGGUAUUCACUGCUUAUGCAAUAGUAGCACUGGGGUUCCUGCUGUUUUAUCGGUUUAAAGUGGACCUGGUACUCGCUUAUAGGACUCUCAGCCCUUGUUUGAAACAACAGAAUGAUGGAAAACUGUAUGAUGCCUAUGUCAGUUACCUCCAUGGUCAUGAUCAGAGAGUGUCUUCUGCAACAACCUUUGCCCUGCAUGUCCUCCCGGAGGUUCUGGAGGAUCGACUUGGUUACAAAUUGUUCAUUAGUGGCCGGGAUGCACUACCAGGCGCAGUUAAGAGACAUAUGAAAGAAAACAUUCCCGCCGGGGCCAUGUGUGUGUGCAUGUUCUCCCUGUGCUGCGGGGGUUUCCUCCGGGUACUCCGGUUUCCUCCCCAGUCCAAAGACAUGCAUGCGGUCCAUGACGUCAUCUCUGAAACAGUUGGGAAGAGUCGGCGGCUAAUUAUUGUUCUUCCAUCCCAGGCUUUCACAAGGCCUUCAGAUAAUGAAGGGGGACUUUUAAAUAAAAUACCACCUAAGCACUUAAGUUUAAACAACAACAUAACAGCGACUGAUGCAGAUCUCUCUGAAUCAUCUCGGUUGAACUGGGGCCCUUACGAGUGCUGGGUGGGUCUGUAUGAUGCCCUGGUGAAAGAGUGCUUGCAGGUCAUCCUAGUCCAGGUGGGAGGAGAAAUGGAUGAUGCUCUGUUCCCUGAAUCACUGCGCUAUGUUAGGCACACUCAGGGGAUACUCAAGUGGAAGGAGCACUACACCAGUGAGCCCAAUGGAAAAUUCUGGAAGCAGAUGCGUUAUCGAAUGCCACCAGUGCAAAAACCCAGAACAGCUGUUAUAGUUUAAAGCUGCAUGGUGAUGGUGGACAUUGUAACUGACAGGGGAGAUAGAGUAUAACAUCGCUCCCACCCAGACAGCACAGCCAAUUUUAUUUCCUUGAUCCAGGCCAUGGACAGCUGUGCCAUUGCCGGGAUACAAACUUGUGAUCUCUGUGUGUAUUGUGGUGCAUGUUCUGUGAGCCGAUAUGCAGGAGUUCCCAUUUCCAUGAUAUUCCAUUUAGAUACCAUUAUGUACUCCACUGGCCAAUUGAAUAGGUUUUGGUUCUGGUUCAGAUUGUUUAGUGGAAAAAGGCACAAAGUCCCAGGUGAAUCCAAUAAUCUGGUGAAGAUGAACUAGCGGAGUGGUUGAAGGUAUGGCAAAUGUUAGAAUUAGGUAUAUAUAUCUGGGUCUGUCCACAUGAUGGCAACAGAAAGCAAGCAAACACAACCUCGGAGCACAACAGAUUGUUUAUUAACAUUGUCAGAAGCUUUUUCUAUACAACAGAUUUAUUGGUGUGUACAUAAAAUAAUUUGAUAAUAAAUAUUUUAUUUAUUUACUCAGAAA